GAAGAAGAAGAAGAAAAAGAAGCCAUAAUACUAUAGAACCAUAGAAGAAGAUUUUGCCUUUUUUUGUUUAGUAAAGAAAGAACCACAGACCGAAGUGAAUAGGCUACCCAACUCUCUUUCGACUGAAAAUGUCUAAACUACAGUCGUUUCGUGUGUUUUUAAAUGAGCGCUUAACGGAGGCUGCUGUGGAGAUUUUCGGGGCAGUUGAGAAAGCGGUAGCGGAGUACCAGGAGGAGAAUGAUCGGCUACGGAGAAUGCUGCGGAUCACACCGGAGAUAAAACUAUGUGGAAUAGGCUCCCUGCCGCUCUCGCUCGCUGUCUCUGAAGAGGUUCCCCCUGAGCAGCAGCACUGUGAGCAGGAGUGGAGCCCCAGUCUGGGGCAGGAGGACCCAAAGCCCACACAGAUUAAAGAGGAACAGGAGGAACUCCGGACCAGUCAGGAGGAAGAGCAUCUUCAAGGGUUGGAGCCUGAUAUCAUAGAGUUCAAAUUUACUCCUUCCUGUGUGAAAAGUGAAUGCGAUCAGGAGGACUCAAUUCAGUCAUUAACUCUUCCCGUAACCCAGACUAUGGAGAACAGAGAGCGUGACUCUACACCAGUGGAUCUCAAACCUUGUGGCACUAUUACCAACCUGAAGGGUCUUGACAUUCCUUGUGACCGUCCAGGUAAUCAAAACAAUGCCUCCGGCCACAGCUCAGCCAUAAGCAGCGACCCAGUAGGACUUUACAGCAGCCCACCAAUGGAUGCCAACACACCAUUGGGGGAACACCGUUCCAAGCCCAGCACCACAUCUAUACAAAUUCACUGCUGCCAUGACUGUGGUGAAACAUUUGCUCUGAAAGCUGACCUGCAGAGGCAUUUGACUCUCCCCAAGAAGAGACCCAGUGAAUGCCGCUUAUGCAAAAAACACUACAACUCCACCUGUAAACUGAAGACCCAUGUUCGACUCUGUCAAGGUGGGAAACCCUGCCUUGUUUGUGGCGAGACCUUCAAAUACAAAGGAGAUCUGUCCAGGCACAUGAAGACUCACAAAGGAGAGAAACCAUUCAGCUGUAGUGACUGUGGGAAAAGUUUCAAUCGCAAAGAGUACCUAACAGAACAUAUACGGACUCACACAGGAGAGAAACCAUUUAGUUGUGGUGUCUGUGGGAAAACCUUCAGUCAGAGGGGAGCCCUAGGGAGGCAUAUACGGACUCACACAGGAGAGAAACCGUUUAGCUGUGGCGACUGUGGGAAAAGAUUCAGGCAGAAGGGUGACCUAGGGAAGCAUAUGUUGACUCACACAGGAGAGAAAAUAUUUAGCUGUGGUGACUGUGGGAAAUGUUUCAGUCGCAAACAGACUAACUGAUCAUAUGCUGACUCACACAGGAGAGAAACCAUUUAGCUGUCGAGACACCAUUUAGCUGUCGAGACUGGGAAAGCUUAAAUCAGAAGGGGGACCUAAGGAGGCAUAUAUUGACUCCCACAGGAGAGAAAGCACAUGGUCGCUCAGUCUGUGGUAGAACAUUCAUUCGUAAGGCUCAUCUGCUGAAGCUUGUGAAUAACGUCCACAAAGAAAGAAGUCAGGACAAAAACGGAAAGAAAAAAGAUUAGGAAAAAGAUCUGUCAGAUGGGAAUAAAAGUUAAAGUUGAAGUUUUUGUCAUAUGCACAGGAUGAGAAAAAAUAAGAAACCUGCACACUGCUCUUGCUAGUAUCACUGCUCUUUAUUAAGCUUUAC